AUGUCAGCAAAGAAGGGGAAAGUACGUCUUCCGGGAAAAAACACGCAUAUAGCCAAUGCCACAAAAUACCAAAUCUUUGCACGAGUUGACGACAAUCAACAACAAAUAAAAUCCACGGAAACUAAACUUGAGGCAGAACUUGGCGUCAAAAUGAUAACCGGUACAGUUGACGUCGCGGGCAACAGUAAGUUGAAGUACGAAAAUAAAACCGAGUACUUCGAGAAGAAACUUCGCGAAACAUGCGGGUUUACAAUCAUCGGACCGGGGCAGUUUGAUCACUUUCCGUCAAACAAUCCUCACGUGUCUGUCUUUUACAAGAAGGGAAGUGAACUUGGUCAGGUAAUGUGCCACAGCAAGAGAAUUAUUGCAGAUAAUUCAAUAAUCGUUACACCUACAG